AUGCAUUUUGAUGAAGCUUCGGUUGAUAAAAUCAUUAGAACCCCAGUAAGUAUUUUUGGAAUGGAGGAUAGGUUCAGCUGGCCUUUCAGAUCGGAUGGCAAUUACACUAUCAAGACGGGAUAUCAUAUUGCUAGGAAUGAAAGGAGCUUCGGUAAUAAUAACCCAUCUACCAGUGAAGACCUAAAAUACUUAUGGCGGGAAAUUUGGAAAUUAAGAGAACCAGAGUCCACUGAGCAUGCAUUGCUGCUAUGUCCCUGGACAAGGGCAGCUUGGUUUGGGGCUCAAAUUCAAUGCUGUCCUACGACCCUAACAGUUUCUUCUUUUGGGAAGUGGAUGAUGGAUCUUCUAGGAAAUAUAAGGCUGAAUGUAGGGGAUAAUUACGAUCUUUACAGCAGUAAGCUUGGUUUUCUAGUUUGGGAGAUCUGGAAAGCGAGAAAUCUAGCAGUAUAUCAGAAGACCAAUCCUAAUCCUAUAAUGGUGAUUCGCAAGGCUAAACUAAUGGAAUUGGAAUUUAUGGAAAUGACAGAGGUACCAGCAAAGGUUUCAACUAAUGUAACAACAACAGGCAGCAGGGUUACCUGGAGACCACCACUGGAAGGUUGGAUUAAAUGCAACGUUGAUGCAGCAUUUGUUGAAGCACAAUCUUUGGGAGCUAUGGCAGCGGUGUUCAGAGACCGCAACGGAACCCUUCUCUCAGGAAUUAACUCCUCCAUAGUCGCCACUUCGCCAUUAGCUAUGGAGGCAUUAGCGGUUAAGGCAGCUUUAAUUAUUUCACAGAAUUUUCAAAUAGAGAAAGUUAUCAUAGAAUCUGAUAAUCAGAUACUCAUCCAGGCACUAAAGUCACAUGCAUCAAUUGCAGAAAUUCAAGUUAUACUACAGGACAUAUUACACUUAGCAAGAGGGAUUCCAAGUUACGGUUUUACCUGGGUACCCAGAGAAGCAAACUCAUUAGCCCAUGAAGUGGCAAAACUCACAGGUCAGGGAUCUCUCCACCAGAAUUGGAUCACAUAUAACCCAUUGUCCAUCAAGAACAUUCUUCGAAAGGAUAAUUCUUGA